GUAGUUUGCUUCGGUCUACGUGAAUAUCAAAAUAGUAACAUUCUACUCGAGCAAUUCAUUCUUGAACUAUAAUAGAAAUUGGCUAGUUAUUCAUAGUCAUCUCUCGCUGGAAAGUAAAACGCAUUUCGUUUCACGUUCUGAGAAGUUAGACGUGCUUUAUGUAUUGUUACUACAACAGAAAAAGUAAUGAAAAACUCUUAUUAAUACUAGUGUUAGUAUCCAAAGCUUUUGUCUGCAUAGUAUGGUCAGUUUGAUCAGGAACUUUGGUUCAAAUACGGGAGGGCGAUUUUUUGAAGAUUCUUCAUUAAGAAUGGAUGACAGUCAGGCUAUGCUGGAUCCUGUUCUGGCUACCGAAGAUGACGAUGGCUUUAGAUCGCUAAAUACAGUGCCGGCAUUCAGCAUUCACCUAUUAAUUUCAAGCUGCAUCUCACUUACUGGCAUAAUUCUUGCUGCUUGCUGGGAGGAUAGUCGACGAUGUGAAGCUUACUUUAUAAUGCUCUAUUUGAGGGCAGCAUUCUGGUUAAUAACAUAUCUUUUUGAUCGGUAUGUUAAAAUGCGACACGAGAAACUGCGCCUAGACGGAUACCAUGAAUUUUAUCGAUCAACGGCUCACCAUCGUACAGUUCCAUUGCAAAUUGUAUCUCUAUGGAACACAUUUUUGUUGGCUGUACAGGCGCUUAUUCAGCAUUAUUACGGAGAUAAUUUUGCUGAGAAAUGCAUGGUGGUUGGUUUCCUAUCACCGAUUGUUUACAUAACGAUGUUUUGCUCGCUCGAAACGGUUGUGUUGUCUUUUGUACAUGGACUUUACAUUGGCAAGGUAAUGCGAUUCAACAAAGGUGCUGCCGCUCCCGACGCGUUACAGGGUAGUCGUGGUCAAAGCAGCGGUUCACUAGGAUUAACACAACGGGGCUUGAGCACGGCGGAGUUGUUGGAAAAACAAGCUGAUUUAAUUAAUUAUCUCAAAGAUCAUAAUUUGAAGCUAAACCAGAAAAUCAUGCAAAUGAACGCUCAGGUUCGGACAGUCACGUUUCCCGGAUAAACGAAUUUGGAUAAAUCCAAAAGAGUAGAAUUAUUCGAGCAUCCCGGAUGUCUGGUUUACUAUUUCUAUCUUUCGUCAAGGUAAUUUAGAUGGUUGUUUAGGAAUUUUAUUUACUCAUUUAAAUGUUGCUUUGAGCUCCAAAGCACACUGGGUAAGCUAGAGUUGUUAAACAUAUUUUCUGAUUCAAGAGAAGUUGUGUAAUCUGUAAACUUUUGCGAAUAAACAAA